GCGGCCUCUUUCCUGUGUGCCCGGGAGCGUCGGUAUCUGCCGCCGACGCCGCCGCUGCUGCUGCUGCCUGUCAACAUCACCCAGAAGACGUCCGUGUCCGGGAUUUUUGUUUUUAACUGUUUGUCUCUGACUGUCCUCCACCAUGCCCAUGUACCAGGUAAAGCCCAUCAGUGGGGGUCACAUACAGACCGAUUUACCAACCUGCAUGUACAAGUUACCAAAUGUCCACGCGCAGCAAGGGAACAGCUGCACCUCAGAGCACGCGCUUCAGAAUGGCGAGGUGGACCCAGCAGUCAAAGCUCUGGAGGCUCGUCAGGAUGAGAUCAUGAGAAAACUGUACGAGCUGAAAGCAGCUGUUGAGGGCCUGGCAAAGACUGUGACCACGCCAGAUGCUGAUCUGGACCUGACAGUCAGCAGCAGCUUCUCCGCCCAAAGCCCCAGCUCCACGACCUUCAAAGGCGUUACAGACCUGGACACACUACUGGGCAAGGACCUCGGUGCUCUCCGUGACAUCGUCAUCAACGCCAACCCGGCACAGCCUCCCCUGACCCUGCUGGUGCUCCACAGCGUGUUGUGUCAGCGCUAUCGGGUGCUCUCCACCGUCCAUGUCCACUCUUCAGUUACCAGUGUGCCGCCACAGCUCCUGUCCUGCCUCGGUCCUCGCCACGCAGACAGCUAUGCCCGCCAGAUGUUCCAGCUGGGCUUCACCCUCAUAUGGAAAGAUGUUCCCAAACUGCAGAUGAAGUUCAGCGUCCAGAACAUGUGUCCCAUUGAGGGUGAGGCCAACGUGGCGCGCUUCCUCUUCAAGCUGCUGUCUCCCUACCCCACUGACCCUGCUCCCGCCACACUGGUGGACAGCUGGGUGGACACAGCUUUCUACCAGCUGGCAGAGGGCAGCGCCAAGGAGCGAGCUGCCGUCCUACGGGCCCUUAACUCCGCUCUGGGCCGCAGCCCCUGGCUGGCCGGGGCAGAGUUCUCUCUGGCCGACAUCGCCUGUUACUGCUGCGUGCUGCAAAGUGGCUCUGCCUCCUCUACUCCCACUAAUGUCCAACGCUGGAUCAAGUCCUGUGAGAACCUGGGACACUUCAGUCCUGCCAAGCUUUUUCUGCAGUGACUGGGGCCGCCCCGGGACCAGACACCAGCAGGUGUCUUAACACAAGCAAAGUGAGAGAAGGGCAUUAGAAUAUUAAAAUGUCCCAGCCGUGUCUAAAACACCCUCUAAUGCUUCCCUCCUUACUGUAAUAUAUCACCGCACUGACAAAGACUCAGUAGAAGCAAUAUGGUCGACAGUUAAAAUAAUUUAAGAGUAUUUGUCUCCGCCAUGCUGCUUUUGUAUAUUCUAAGGCUAUCUUUAAAAGGGAGGAAGCAUGAGAGGACUGUGAAGACGAGGGCUCGGUGAUGGAGUCAAUCAAAGUACUGACAGAAGUAACACAUACUGUACACCUUCCACCCACUUUGUGCCUAACAUGAUCCUGUUCUAAAUGUGUGGUUAUGUGCGGUGAUGACCAGUAUUACUGUGUGUUUUCACUAGUAAUACUUUGCACCAUUUGUUUUUCUGAAAUCAUUAAAAUUUCCACUUUGGAUCAAACUUUGAA